UGUGUUCACGUCAGCAAUAUGCAAUCAUAGGCAUCCAGGAAGAAGCUCCCAUGUUGUGUUGUGUAGUUGUCUGCCUGUGUGAGAGUAUUUGAGACUGAUGGAUUGUCGGCAGUGGAAAAGUCACGAUUAGAAAUGUCACUGAGAAAAAAUGCACAGGCAGCUGCAGUGAAUAAAGCAAUCAACGCACAGGAAACGCCGGUGAAAGAGAAGCAUGUGCGAAUGUCGAUAAUCGGAACGUUCCAGGACCAGGGCGCCCGGGUGUUUUGGAACGUGGGCACGCGGCUGCCGCUACAGGGCAAUCCUAUCAUCUGCUGGAAGUUCUGCUACACGUUGCACAAGCUGCUGCGCGAGGGUCACGCACAGACGAUACCCGACUCAUACAAGUUUGUCAGUCACCUUACUGACCUCGGAAAACUCUGGGGUCUUCUGAGAGAAGGCUAUGGCAAACUGAUAAGCUGCUACUGCAAAUUACUCGUUUGCAAACUAGAAUUCCAUCGAAAGUACCCAAAGUUCCCAGGUAAUCUACAAGUGAACAAGGAGAUUCUAGACAACAUUGGAGAAAACGAUGUGAACAUCUUUUUUGAGCUGUGCACAGAAUUCUUUGAUUACAUGGAGGAAUUGCUGAACCUGCAGAAAGCUGUGUUCGGAUCACUCGACAUGUCUCGCGCGAACUCAAUGACGAGUACCGGACAGUGUCGGAUACACCCGCUCAUACCCUGCAUCCAGGACUCUAGCCAGCUGUACGACUUCUCUGUGAAGACCAUGUUCAAGCUACAUGCAGCUCUGCCUGCGGAUACAUUAGCUGGCCACCGGCAGCGUUUCCUCAACCAGUUCAAAGUGCUCAGAAAUUUUUAUCUGAGUGCCAGCAACCUACAGUAUUUCAAGUACUUGAUCCACGUUCCACAACUUCCAGAAAACCCGCCCAACUUCCUUGUGGCCUCUGACCUGUAUAGUCACGUAAGCCCCGUCGUUGUCGUGCCGCCGCAGGAUGACGAUCGGGAGUCUAUCGUCGAAGGCUCCCUGGUCGACGCGGAGGUGCCACCUCCUAGCGCUCAGCUGCAGGUGAUGUACAACGAGCAAAACCUGGUCGACCUCACCAUCCCAGCAGACCAGCGACACAACGGUGCCUCCUCGCCGUCGGACGUCGAUCGCGAGAAGGAUCAGUUGAUAGAGUCACUGAUGAGACAGAUAGAGAGGUUAAAGCAGGAGAUCCACAGGUUGAAGGCAGAGCAUCAGCAGAUGGUUGAUCAGCUACGCGCGACCAUCUCUGACCUGCAGGCCGAGUGUGUACAGAACAAGCAGCUGGUAGAGCAAGCAUACAACGAUAAUGAGGAUCUGAAAAAGCAGGUAACAUCUGGAUCAGCGCAACAGACAACAGCCUACCAAACUCUGGUGGUUAAACUUGCCAACAUUGAAACAAAGUCAAAGACAAAUGAAGAGAAAUUUCACAAAAUGAAAGAUGUUUACAACAAGCUGAGAGAGGAACAUAUUAAGCUGUUGAGAACUCAUGCAGAGGUCAGCAAGAGUUUAAAUGCGACCAAAACCAAGAAGGAGGAAGAUGCUAAUACGAGAAAGGAGGUGGAGGAAGAGUUGAUGAGACUGAAAGCGCAGCAUGUGGCAGCUGAGCAGAUGCAGCAAGCUGCUAGCAACAAGGACAAGGAGCUGAGUGAUGCACUCACCAGCAGGUCUUACCUGGAACAGAAAGUUCAGGAGCUAGAGAGCCAGAUGUCGGUACUGAAGCAGGAGAAGGACACUCUGCUGGAGGAGUCUGCAUCACUCGGCAACGACAACGCAGAGAUUCACGAAGAAUUGAAGAAAGUCAUAUCAGAGAAGAUGCUUCUGACAGCAGAGAAGACAGAGUUGGAGGACCAGCUGGAGAGGUUGGCUGCAGAGAGGAGUAGUCUGGUUGAGGAGAAUAACCUGUUGACGAGUGAGUUGGGGAGAAGCCAGGCAGAGAGGAAGCAGCAGGAGGCGGAUGCAGAGAGGCAGCUACUCGAGGCUCAGCUCCAACUCUUGGCGAAGGGAGCAGCCGAGGCGGAGGCUGUUGUACGGGACUGUCUGGAGCAGUUUGACAACCCGCAGCAUGCGACGAUCACGUGCACACCUGAGUACCUGCUCACACGCACCGAGUAUCUCUCUCCGUCCCUCACCAGAUUCAGAGAGCAGUUUAAAAGCUUUCGUGAGAAGCCAGCCGAUGCUGGAGCGCUCAUGUGUUCGAUGACGAUGUUCGCUCACCUGAUGGGUGACUGCCUUAUCCAGGGCAAGGCCACGUCACACCUGGCAGAUAUAGACAAAGAGCAAGAGCUGGUGAAUACAUGUCGACAAGUUGGAGCAGAAACGAUCUCGGCAUUUACAUUGUUGAAGAACAAAGACGAUCAUGAGGGAGUACAGCAACAGUUGAAUGAGGUGGAGGCAGGAAUAGAGAAGGUUGUUGUGCUGGUCGAGGCGCUCGUGCCCAAGAUGGAGGACGUGAAGAAAGACGAGCUGGGAGAUCUCGUCGACCAGGAGAUGCAGGGCACCAUGGACCUAGUAGAGUCAGCAGCACGAAGAAUCGAGGAAAUGCUGAACAAUUCGCGAAAGUCUGACUCUGGGGUCACCUUGGAGGUCAAUGAACGAAUACUGGAUUCCUGUAAUGCGCUCAUGAUGGCAGUAAAGAUCCUCAUAGAAAGAUCGAAGGAUUUACAGAUUGAGAUAGCUACCCAAGGACGAGGAUCGACGUCCGUGAAGGAAUUCUACAAGCGGAAUCACCGAUGGACAGAGGGGCUCAUAUCUGCUGCAAAAUCUGUCGGAUUCAGUGCCAAAAUACUUGUCGACGCGGCAGACAGCAUCGUCGGCGGCGACGGCAAGCUGGAGGAGCUGCUCGUCUGCUCGCAGGAGAUCGCUGCGAGCACGGCUCAGCUCGUCGUCGCGUCGAAGGUGAAGGCGAGCCGCGACAGCGAGCGACUCACUAACCUGUCGCGCGCGUCACACUCCGUCUCCCAGGCAACGGGUGGCGUCGUCGCCUCCGUGAAGACCGGCGCGAGGCUGAUAGACGACCGAGAUAUCAUGGACUUCAGCAAGCUGUCGCUGCACCAGGCCAAGAGGCUGGAGAUGGACUCGCAGGUGCGCGUGUUAGAGCUGGAGAAUGCCGUAGUGAAGGAGCGCAAACAGCUGGCAUCGCUACGCACGAAGCAUUACCAGCUAGCCGGAUCAUCCGAGGGCUGGGACGAGGAGGAUAUUCCCAGAAGCAUCCGCGAGAAAAGCAUGGCGAGACUUCGCAACCUGGCGGCCGACCUAUCAGUGACUACAUGA